GGAGCCUCCCAAUCCCAAGCAAAGCAAAAGACGGAGGGAGAGAGGGAGAGAGGGAGGAGGGGUGACGCGUCGGGCGCUCAGUGGCCACCGGCCGCAGUUUACCUUUCGGGCUUGGGAGGGAGCUCGCUGCGCUGCGCGCUUCACCCACACCCUCGGGCCCCAGUACGAUCAAUCAACCAAAGAAAAGAAGCACAUUGGGGUCCGUCGGCGACGCAGGCAGCGGCGGACCGGGCACCGGCGCGGCGGCGAUCCAUGGACAUGGGCGAGCUCUUCAACCCAGGCUGCGGCGGGGCGGGCGGCGCCGGCUGCGACUGCGGUGACUGCGAGGAGUGGAGGCGCUACUGCUACUGGAACCACGACCACGGCACCAAGCAGUUCCUCCUCUUCGCCUCCGACGACAAAGAUCAUCUGUGCAUACCGUGGGAGGUCUCAAGCCAGCUGAGAGAUAUGAUCCCCGACUCCGAGCCUAUCAAACUUGAAACUCCUGAUGGUCGCACGUACAGUGUUAAAUUCUUCAAGUUCGGCCGGAUAACUCUUACGACUGGGUGGCGGGGCUUUGUGGAUGCAAAUCACAUAGAAGAGAACAACCCCAUGUUGUUCGUGUACCGUGGGAAUUCAACCUUUAAGGUUCAAAUAUUCAAUUCAUCCGGCCGCGACAAGUUUUUGCCCUGUUCUCAACCACCUUGCAAUCAUCAUGUGCUGAAUGAACAAGUGGUGCCUCAUCCUGGACAUGUUGAUAGCUCAGCCCACUUUGGCUAUACCAUGUUGCCCGGGAGCUUUGUAACCAAAGCACAAGAUGAUAAAUUGCUAGAAUGGGCUAAUACCAUCAAGUCUGAAUUUCCUCUUUUUGUGGCAGCCAUGGACGAGAGCAAUGUCAGCUUGAGCGACUGCCAUGUUUACAUACCACUGAGUCUUGUGGGCCAGUUCAAAGAGGAGGUUGUCAAGAUUGUAGCCCUUGACAAGAGUAUAUACGUUGUUGGAGCAAAGAAGCACAAUGAGGAUCAAAUCGUACUCCAAUCUGGGUGGCAUAGGUUUGUGGCUUCUCAGUGCAUACAACAGAAUGACUUCCUCAUUUUCAUAAUUGAGGGGGAAGCUCGCCUCAAAGUUCUUGUCCUUGACCCAAGCGGUAGUGAGAAAACUUUUGCCAUGGGAAACUCUUCCAAUGCCCAAGAAAAGCCACCACUCCCACCUACAGUUACUAACCAGAGUUCUGACAAUGAACUUACUGACCUGAGUUCUGAUUAUGAAGUCCUGGGAAAAGACACUACAACGUCAAGGAGGGAGCAGAGGCCGCUACGAAGCUGUCGUGCAAAAGCUGAGAAGAUGGGUUCAACAUCCUGCCCUUCUACUAAAUCAGAUCAUAGACACAAAGCUGGCAACUCGAAUGAAGCCGGUAUAGAAGCUCCUAUGCCCAACAAGUCCUACAUAGUGCCCCAAGCAGGGGCGACGAAGCUAACUGUGCAACAGGAGGAGAAAGUUAAGGAGAAGGUCCGGGCGAUUGGAUCUGAAUUCCCUGUCUUUGUGAAGGUGAUGACGGCAUACGAUGUUUCGAAGAUGGCACAUCUGGCCUUCUGCAUGGAGUAUGCUUCGGCGUGUCGUCUCCCGCUCGAACAAACACCUCUCCUACUUAGGCUGGAGGGUAGCAAUAUGCGGUGGAGUAGCGCGCUGAUGAUCCAGCAAAAUAAUAAUGUGAGGCGGAUUUGCUCAUUCUGGCAGGACAUUGUCUCGCAAGCCGGGACGAAGGAGGGAGACAUCCUCCUCGUCGAACUGGCAGGCAGGAGCAGCAGGAGGCUCAGGAUGACGGUCCAUCUGAUCCGCAAGUCGGAAUGCAGCUCUAGCUCUUGCUCUCAAGCAUCUAGUUAGUGGUCUCUUUGUGUGCGGUCUCAAGAAUGAUGGAUUUUAACUCAGCUGGUGUAUGGAUUGCUUCAUGAUUAUUCUGAACAACCUGCAAGUCUCUAGUGUGUAAUAGGAAACACUGAAUCCUUGACCCACCUGUCCUAGUGCUGCUGCUGAUUAUUAUUAUUUUUUCUUGUUGAUGACAGA